AUGGCGGCCCCGCUGAUCUUUCAACACCGGCCGCCGUUCAGCUGCAGCAGCCGUCCUGCGGUGACACUCCCUACUGACUACAACGAACAAGGCAUAGUCGACAACCUUACAGAAAAUAAUCAGAGAAACAUGUGGGCUAGUAGAAGGAUAGAGGAGGACGAAAAAGUGUACCUAGUUCACGUCCAGGACACUGCUGGCAUCGGUCUCCCAACUACACUGGUCGUUAAGAAGUUUCAGAAUGUGCACCGCUGUAGGUCCGAGAUGCUCAAGCUAGCCACUGUCCGUCAUGAAAACAUCAUCAGUGUCCUACAUGUCAUCGAGAGGGAUGAAGCCAGCAUGCUCAUAUACAAGUACGAGGUGAAUGGCAGCCUUGACUACUGGCUGCAUCGGCGGGAGGGGGCCGGUCGUCCGCUAAGCUGGCCGGAGAGGAGGGACAUUGCCAUCGGUGUUGCCAAAGGGCUCCGGCACUUGCACCACGGAUGCAACAACCAGUUUGUCCACCACAACAUCAACCCUAACAACAUCUUGCUUGAUCAGGAGUUGAAUGCCAAGAUCGCAAGUUUUGGUGCUGCGCAGGUGAACUUGGCUGGGCACGGCCAACCAUUGCCGAUCCUGCAGUUUCCAAUUGGCAACUUUGGCUAUGCAGCUCCAGAAUAUGGCAUCGCACCAAGCCAACUGACGGAGAAGGUAGACGUUUACAGCUUCGGUGUGGUGCUGCUGGAGCUCGUCACAGGGCGAGUAGCCAAUGGAGCUGGACCUGGUGGUCAGUUGGCGAUUUGGGCACGGAACAGCUGCAACGAUCUGAUGGCAAACCAUCUGAAAAGGUUCAAGACAGAAGUGGACAUGGAAAUCCCAGAUCAAGCGCGAUACAUGAAGGAGAUGGCGACUGUGUUCAGGCUGGGAGUGGAUUGCACCGUUUGGGAUCCGCAGCAAAGGCCAUCCAUGCGGAUGGCUCUCAAACAACUCCGUCUCAGCCGUCGGUAUGGCCCAUUCCGUGGACUGCUCACCCGGUAUCUGCUGUGA